GAUUUGUGCUCGAUCAACAGACAGCGUCCGCCGACCCUCAAGGUGAGCCCAUGCCCGACUUCCUGGCCGUCCUGCUGCUCGGGGAACGUCUGGAGGGACGUAGGGAGUGCGCUGGGUGGAUUUGGUGCGGUUAGAAGCGGUAGAAGGGGUGGAUUUGGGUGGGAGGGUAUGGAUGACGGGUUUGGAGGGACCUGCUAUAUCGGUGGGAUUCAUCCACCUGCUCGACACGCCUGCACCUUCGACCAAGCACAUUCGUGGUGGACUCCAUACGCACUCCGCUACAUCCCUCUUUGUGCCAGACGUUGUGCAGCAGGACAGGACGGAUUAUCUGGGAGGAUCGAUCGCUGACUUUUGACGCAUAGACUUUCCAGCAAUGGCACCAGCAAAAUCAGCCAAGGCGGCGGCCCCCAAGACAAAAGACACGAAGGCCAAGCUGGCGAAGAAGGCGGCGCUGCAGGGCGUGCACUCGCACUCCUCGCGCAAGCCGCGCUUCUCGGUGUCCUUCCACCGGCCGAAGACGCUGCGCCUGCCGCGCGAGCCGAAGUACCCGCGGAAGAGCGUUCCCCAUGCGCCGCGGAUGGACCAGUUCAGGACGAUUGUCAGCCCCUUGAACACCGAGUCGGCGAUGAAGAAGAUCGAGGAGCACAACACGCUUGUGUUCAUCGUGGACUUGAAGGCGAACAAGCGCCAGAUCAAGGACGCGGUGAAGAAGCUGUACGACGUCCAGGCUGCGCGGGUGAACACGCUCAUCCGUCCUGAUGGCAAGAAGAAGGCGUACGUUCGCUUGACGGCGGACCACGACGCGCUCGACGUUGCGAACAAGAUCGGCUUCAUAUAAGCCUUGAACUUCGCGAGAUGGCAUACGUUGAUCGGGUCUCUUGCUUGUGCUGUCAUCACUCAUUGUCGUCGUCUAUGCUGUAUGCCCAUGCAUCUAUAAAUGCAACCAUGCCUUCAUAUGGUCAGGAUAG